AUGUUUUCAUUUUCAGGUGACAGCUUUAAGCCCUGAUGAGGUUUUCUGUGUUAUUUAGGCUGACAAUGCAAGACUUCAUGUUCGUAAUGCUGCUGGAAGUCAAAAAACUAAUUUUAAAACUUAUUUUAAAAGCGCUUUAAAAAGGUAAACAUUUUUAAUCUUAACAUGCCAACAGAAAACAGUUUAUCAAAUGAAUUGACAAUGAAAUUUAAAAAUUGAUAUUAGUGGGUAUUGAAAGACUGUGAUAUGUCUAAUUUAUCAGUGAAUUAAAGGAAAUAAUUUGAUGACUCGCCCAUCUACGUCCCAUGCAUACAUGUGCUUACUCAGCUGUAUUCAUUAGACCUUUUUUAGUUUAUUCCCUAAAGAAAGAAGUGUUGCAUUCCAAUAUUUCUUAAAAUGGGAUUUCCAACUGACUAGUACACUUAAGUCUUUUAUAAUAUUUCAUCAAAGGUAAUAAUCUCUGUGGGAUGUAAAUGUAUUGCAUUUUAUUGUAUUGUAUCUGGCACGAUUCUAGGAAUUGUCUCAUUUCUGGUAAAUCAGCUGCAUCAUUUCCACUCCAGGUAAAAAACAGCAGUGAGAGACACGUUAAGGAAAUGUUCAAGUUAAAGCAGGGCCAACAUGGCUGCAGGCCUAGCGUUUUCCCUUUACUUCAACUUCAAUGGAAAAGCUGCUUGCACAGCUGACAGCAAGGAGCAAGCUCAGAUGGCUGCUUUGUCGUCAUGCGGCGUCACGGCAUCACUCAAAGUUGAGCCUGGAAAUUCCUCAUCUGAAGUGGAAAUUCUGCUCUCCGUUUUUCGGAAGUACACAAACAUGUUCAUGCAUGGAGUCACACACGCAAGAGCCACUGCUGAUGGCAAUAUUAAUUUCCUUCUCAAAACACCAAUGAGGCUUUGUGUUGUAUAAUGAUAGUGAGUGGAGACCACCCACCUCACUCUGGUCUUACUAACACACACACACAUACACACACUCAAGCACACACACUGCCAUAUUUAGAGUAAUGCAAUACUAAGUUGUCUAUGCACUGCUCAGAUCCAAUCAAAAUUGCAUAAACUGGAACUGUCCAAUUGUGGCGCGAGGUCCUACAUAUAUUUGAGUUUACGCACUAUCUGUGGCAUGAAUCAUUACUUUUCAUUUGGAAUAGUUUUCUUUUUCCUUCCCAAAGGGCCCUUGUCUGUCUAUCUUUCCCAAACAGUGUAACCUAGUACUUAGAAUAAACAUGAGGAGUCUGUAUACCAAAUAUUUGUAGGACUGAGAUGGCUGGAAGUGCAUGCUAUAAUAUUGUAUACAUGAGCGAAAGAGUCAGCACAAGCAAUACUUAUAGGGUAACAGGAGGAGACAGGCAAACAGGAAAAAAUAAUAGCCCCAUGAUUAAGACAGAGGCGUCGUUCUUUUUCUCCCCGCACAAACAACAGCAAACAAUUAAUUUUCCUGUAUUUUCAAAUGUUUGUUUUCUGUGGCAAAUUCAUACAGUCUAUGGUCAUAACACUGCCUUGUGUCACUGAAAUCAUGGACAAAUACAGCACAUUGACACAUAAACAGAGGAACUAAAGGAAAAUGCAGUUUAGAUACAUCUGAAACAAAACGGCCAAAUGAUCCAAUGCAGACAACCAAACUGAUUAUUAUGUGGACUAUUUCUUUAACUGUAUGUGUUAAGAAAGUAACCAGCUAGCAAUAACCACCAGCUAUCUUAAAAGGAGCAAAACCUAAAGACUCUGUAACAUAACAGCUCAAAGACAUCCUCAAAAUAGAGAAACUGUGAGGGCUGGAGAGAAAUACCUAGACAAUCAUCUCUACACACACAUGGAAGUGUCAAGUCCAGUGACAUAAAUGUUUUUGAAGCUUUGGUAAAAAUAACAUCCAACACAUGAUUUAGAUUAGAAAAGGCCUUUCUUUUUCAUGAAAUACUGACACCAUAUUUAUUCAAUAAAAAUCAUAACUGUCUCUUCUCUUAAAUUUCUUUGUUUGGUGCUCUUUUAUGAAAACCAGUGUUAUCCUUUAUUCUAACUGGUGACUCAAAUGACACAAAUGUUCUUAUACCACCCCUGUCCGAUCGUGACACUUGUUGUAAAUGUCUCAGUGUGGUUGUGACAUCCCUUCAAAUCUUGUUUGACACUCCCCGCACCAUGAAUAAGUGUUUCCAGUGUGAUCUAACGGCACAUUACAACUUCUCCAACCGAACGGUAGAAAUCACUGAGCACGUUGUACUGUGGCUGAGUUUGAUGUCAUGUGUUAACACAUGAAGUCAUGAUGUCUUGUCAGGGAGGGAUCAUAGCUGGGGAGAAAACCUUGAUUAAUGUUGUACUUUAACAUCUGUGUUUGUCUGUAUUGGCACCAGUCUCUUGUGAUUUGGAGCAUAAAUUGUGGCCUCUCCAUGAUCCAACAUAUUGAUUUAUGUGAGAAUAUUGAAUCUGGAUUUUGUAAACAUUAGUUGUUCCAGUGAGUCCGUACGUGCAUUUUCUGCAUCUGUGUGCAUGUCAAUCCCUCAGUUGUAUAUCUGGUUUUGUCACACCCCUAAUUGCUUAGUGUAUUCUGUGACCUCAUGUGUUUACAUGACAUCCUGACGGGCUGACUCAGAGAGCACUACUGCUGAAACGCACGACCAAGGCUGCUGAAAUCUCAUAUUCCCUGGCCCCCAUCACUUGCUAAUGAAGACACACUUUCCAAGCGGCCUGCUGCUGCCUUUUCCUUCUGCCUCACUUAACUCUCAGCUUAUCGCAUAACAAAACAAACCUCACUCUGCGACCACCUUGGAGCAGUUUUGGGUGGUUUGAAGAAAAGCUGUUGAUUUUUGACGGUUUUUAUUGUACGCUCUGAGAUUUUUUUUUUUUUUGCAGGCUUCACACCCUCUCUCUCUCUCAUAUUUCACACUUCCUCAAUCAUAUCCCAAUACCUCAGUUAUUUACACAUAUUUCCAAUCCUCAAGCACUUCCUCUUUCCUCUCACAUUCAUCUGUGUGCUCUUCUCUGUUCAUCUCCCCCGUAUGCUCUUCAUUCCAUCACUCCCUCCUUUCACCUUCUUCGCUUUCUGCUCCUGGAUUCAGAGCUUGUUUACUCUCCCCGACCACAGCACUGACUCGCAUCCAUGAAAUGAUGCAAUUAAGGUUCCCACUGGGGCUCAAUCUGUCAUGUUAACACAUGCUAAACCCCCACAGAGGGCUGAGAGCAGAGCUGAAUGUUGGGCGACAGGUAAGACUGAUGGGGGUGAGGGUUGGUGGUUAGAAAACGAGGGGAGUGUCGUGUCUUGAAAUGCAGAAGGAAUAUGCAACCAGGAUACAAAAAGAAAAAACACACAAAAUAGAGAGAAGGAGAUUCCAAACAUAAAAAGUUGAGUGAAGUUUGUGUAAGACGUGAAUUUGUUACUUGUUCUUUUAUGUGCACUUAGCUUAGCUGCUAAAAAGUGAAAAGACAUUAAUGAAAAAAAGAUCCAGCUAAAACACAGCGUUUCAGACGGAGGCUGACAUGAUGAUAUUUUAAUACACUAUUGUGAGAAAUUUCAGGCUUUUUUGAAUCUGAAAAUCAUGUAAAGCCAAUAAAAGAGGUAUCAGAAAGGAAGUGUAGAGUCUGGAAAAAAUGCACAACACCCCCCUCUUUAAACUGUGCAUAGUUGUAGAUUACACUGUUUGGACAUAUUUAGCAGCCCUAUUGCCAGGGUAUAAUGGUCAAGAGCAGCUAGGUCUCCUUGUAAACAUAGUACAAAGCAAACAUAAACCCAUAGCCCCUCAUCUUAGCUCAUGUGCAAUGUGCACAACAAACAAGUUUCCAGAAACGUCCUAAGAAUAGUAACGUUACACCCAUAGACUGUAUGUAUUGUGGACAACUUGUGUCAGCCUUCCGCCAGUAUACGGAUUUGAAGAUGAAAAGCUCUGAUUUUUCUCCAUUUCUUGGAACCAACACUGUGCAGUAGCAUUGUGCGCAUUUGGUGGGAGAGUCACCAAGAGUCGCUGUGAUGACGCUCGGCUCAAACCGUGUAUCCCCCGGGUGAGCUAUGCAAUCUUCUUUCGCCCAUAGGCUGUUUCAAGUGUCAAUAAAAAAAAACAUGAACCCUCAAUAACUUUUAAAAAUGGAGCUGCACAGAAAAAAGAGGGUUGGUCACGUUUCGAAGAAGUUGCAGUGGUUGUUGAUAACAGCAAGUUCACAGAAUACACAGCAUUGGUUUAAUUUGAGUUACCCAUGACAACACAACCUCCUACAAGAAAUAAGCAAUGGUGCUCAGACAACCAGCUCUUGUGAAGAAGUGAAUACAUACAGCAGAUUACCUGUAUUACCGUGAUGUGGAGAGAGGUUUGUGUUGAACUGGUAAGACUCAUUGAGCAGCUCCUACUUAUAAAACCAGCUGGAGAUGUUGAGAUAAUGAAUCAGUAUGAUCUGAAGUUGGUAAAAAAAAAAAGUACCAAAGUCAAAGUUCUUCAUUUUCCUGAUCAAACAUUGGAGGGCUUCAACAAGGUAAGAACAAGCUUUGAAAAGUGUCUGAAAACCACUGGAAAUUUUCACAAGUUUGUGUUAUAGCUAUUAUUUUUAAUCUACUGAACAUGUCCAGAAGUGUUUUCUUCAACUUUGUCCAAAUUGUAUGAAGAGAAAACUUGAUAAAGAAACACAAUCUGAGUUGAAUUAAUGACUUUGUAUUUCAUUGUCGUCUUAAGAAUCUUUUUCUCUCCUGAAAUGCUUCCUGCCAAAGAAACUCGAUAGAUUUUUUGUUUGUAGUUACAGAAAUGAGCGUGUUAUUCCACUUUCAUUGGCUCCUCAGGUGUGUCUGCCCUCCACUUUGACAAUGAGCCUACAUCUGAAAAUAAUCCUCUUUGUUUGGAGUGUUUUUCUUCAUUGUGCGGUUUAAAAAAAAUCUAACAAAUAUGUUGCCAAAAUACUCUCGAGUACGAGUGAAAUGUGCUCCUGCUCUAAUUUGGUCCUUCGAGUGCAUGUGUCACUUUGCAGAUAUCUUACGUUUCUAUGUGUGUGAUCUUUAAUGAAUCUGCAUGUGGCUGUGAAAGACAACACAUGGCUCUUUGUCUGCUCCCCCUCUAUGUGAUCCACAGCCUCAGUAGGUAAACAACUGAUGCCGGUUGAAAUGGACCACCUAGGUAUUAGUUUCCAUGUGGGGGUAUCCCCUGAAAGCAAAGCAAAGAAAUUUUCCGAAACACAUUAAAAGAGUUAUGCAAAUGGUUUACGGCAGCACUCGUGUGGCUGUAUUGUUAUAUUAAUCUGUAUACACUAUGGCUCAUCUUGGCAGGACCCUUUGUUUGUCUUCGCUCUUAAUCUGCAGGGCUCAUCUCAGGCUUACAUCAUCCAGAGUCAACAGAAGGACAUCCGUCGCAGCCUUUCUGCUAACACCAGAGCUAACACUGGGGUCAAAUAGUAUGUGUGUGCGUGUUUGUGUGUGUGUCUCUCGACCAAAGAGACAAAGCAAAGCCUAAAAAGGUCAGUUCAUGUUCACCGGGACAUUAUAAUGCCGCCAGAGCAAGGUGAUCUCAUUUUGUGUCAAAAAACAUGCUUUCACCAACCAGCUUUCAAUUUCUGAUGAAGAAAUUGCUGCCUGCACCCCGACUUUCAUGCAAACCUGUUCUGGCCUACAGGAGAGAGAAAAGAGAGCAGUGAAAGAGAGAAAGAGAUUCAAGCACAGUUGGUUUUCUGUGCUUUCAAAGAUGUGGUUUAGCUUCGACUGAAGUGCAGCCACAGUUUGCAUCAGACCACUGAUGGUGUUCCUAUGUGUCCAGGCCAGUGAACUUCGCCAGAUGCCUGCCGCCUCGUUAUCUUUACAAGCACGGCCCGUUCUGCUGCGCUGUGAGGGCCAAACAGUUUAUCGCACACCACUAGCAAAGAGGCUGGGGUCUUGCACAAGUGGGAUCACACACAGACACUCUCACACACAGUGGUGAAGCAGAAUCACGCAUGGGGAGAAGCAUAAACCUUUGCAUGCACAUCCUCAAGGACCAUCACCCGACUGCAUCAAAAAUGUUGCAAAAGCAGUAUGUUUAUCAUCCCCCAAUGACAACAGUUAUAUUUGCAUGCAGAAUUGACAUAAGAGUGGAGUAAAAGAAAUCAAAUAAAAUAAGAAUAUGUAGUUUAGAGCUUUGCUUUCCUUUGCAUGUUGUUGACAUCAGGCAAAAAAGUCCCAACCUAAACAACUUUAUUCAAAGUUCCUUUUAAGAACUAUUAAUUUGUGUUUCACUCUUAGUAGACAUCGCAAAAUCUAUCUUAUAUUCAAGUCGCAGCCAUUUUAAUAACAACAACCUACCCCUGACUUGUCAAAUGAAUGAACCUCUACUGUAAAAAAACAAAAAGCUGAGCAAAGCCUCGUCAACAAAAAAAAAAGAUUGUUUACGGCUUCAGCAUCACAACAACUUGCAGCACUGCAUGGCCUCUCAGUCAAACCCACACAUAAUCACACAAAUGCUCUCCCAUAACUCUAACUACAGUGUCAGAGCGCACUCUACAAAAUGAAUUACAAAUAUAUCAAGUCAGUGUCAUUCCAAGAAAUGGAGGAUUACAGAAUAAACAUGCCUUUCCUCCUCUGUGAAAUAUCGAGCUGAAUAUGAAAUACUCUUCAUGCCGUCUCAGAAAAUAUUGCCCAUUCAUUCUUCGGUGCCACCUAAGGUUAAACAUGCACGGUGUAUAAUUGUCUUUGGUGAUGCCCUGGUGUCUAUUCAUGGUUAAGUGUUCUUCUUUGAUACCGUGCUGCUACUGCCAAAGCCCUAAUCCUAGUUUUGGUACAGAGACCGCCUGUAUUGGUGGUGUGCUGUGUGCAUCCUAAUCUCUGCAAAGCUCUGUGUCGAAUGGCUGCACUGCCUCUCUGUACACUCUGUACUCCCAGUUUAGCUAUACCCUAAUAAGCAUGGCAAAGUGGUGAAAGCAAGAGGUUGUUGCACAAACAGACGGGGAAAGCAAGAAAGGGAGAAAGGAUCGUAAACAAAAUACAUGCCUUUUUGACUGAUGUAUUGACAGACAUGACUGAUGUAAACAAGGGAUGUGACUCCACCUCACAUAUAAGACCUGUCAAUCACUGGAGUGGUGGCAGACUUCACUCUUGUGUAUUGUGUCUUAGUUGUAGGGAUAAACUCAAGGUUUGGUUGCCAAUUACUCUACCUACCAAUACUUGAAACUGACAUGUUUUCUAAAAAGAAGUGAAAAAGUUGCCAACUCAAAUUUCAGCAUCUCAAGCUGAGACCUUUCAGGGAUUUCAGGUAACCUGGUGGUGUGGGUGUGUAAACCGUGACUGUUUCGACAAGGGUGUGUCUGUGGUGUUUCCACAACAAAGUGGAAACUUUCAAAGUUUCUUUAAGAGUUGAAAUCUUUCAGGACUCACAAAAGAUGUUUUCUACUAUCAUAAUCUUAAUUCCUAAAGUACCAAAAUGCGCAACAUUGAAAUUUAAAGGUGGUUAUUUAGGGAGGCUAAUGGGUAGGCCUGACAUAUUUUAAUGGGGGGUGGGGGGGGGGGGUGUAGCCACAACUGGUCACCCCCUGGAUCUGGACCUGCAUCAAGACCAUGGAGUGUUAUUGAUUUAUUUAGUUUUAACAUUAUUUGCUGGAGAAACUUGAGAUCAAACUAAUCGACUGGCCAUUAGACAUGAAAACAACCAGAGUAAUAAAAAAGACUGUCUCUUAAAUCAACUCAAGCUCGAGAGCAGGACUUUUAUGGAGCACGUUUCAGACCAUUUGGAGUCAAUCGGUACAAAAACAGUAAGGAAAAAUGUCAAAAAAAUUUUUUACGUGUUUGGGAUACGUUGGGGUAACUUGGAAUAUUGGGGCUACAAUUAGGGUUAUGGGGUAAGGGUUUAAAUAACUGUCCAGGACCUUUUUAAGGAGAACAUUUAGAAACAUUUGAAUUCAAUUGGUACAAAAAAAUUAGAAAAAUGUCAAAAAUCUUUCAAGUGUUAGGGUUACAAUAGGGUAAUGUUGGGGAAUGGGGUUUAGGGGGUUGGGAUUAAGGUUUGGGGUUAGGAUUAGGGUUUGGGGUAAGGGUUAAAAUCACUGUCCAGGGCCUUUUUAGGAGCACGUUUUAGACCAUUUAGAGUCAAUUGGUAGAAAAGAAUUUAGAAAAAUUGUCAAAAAUAUUUCAUGUGUUCGGGUUACGGUAGGGUAACAUUGGGGUAUAGGGGUUAGGUGGUUAGGGUUAGGGUGAGGGUUAUGGGGUUACGUUCAAAGUCACUGUCCAUGACCUUUUUAGGAGCACAUUUCAGACCAUUUGGAGUCAACUAGUACAAAAAAAAUUUCAGAAAAAGGUAAAAAAAAUUCUAAGUGUAAGGGCAAAAGAGGGACAGCAGGUUGGCCAGCUGGGCAGAGCAGUAUAGAGAGUUGACCUAGUGAUAGGUGACCAUGUCAAGACCACCUGAAAAAGACUGGACCUCAACAUUUGGUCCGACAACUUUAAAACGCCUCUAAGUGUGUCCAUGUGCAGGUUUACAAAUGGUUUAGCACAUCAGUGAAGGAUAAAUCAAAGCAUGAUUAGAUCAAGAGAGAGUUUAAAAAGCCUGACAGGCAUCGUGGUGAUGGAUGGAGUGAGACUUCCUCCCCAUUUCCCUCUUAAAUCUGUUACAUUGAGCUGCUGCCACAUCAAUGCCUGCUGCACACAUCAGGCACUCGCAGGUGUCCCAUGUCCUGACCCCAUCCCUGACCUUUAGUCUUUAACCCCUAACACCUGGGCGGCUCCUUUGCCAACCCUCUAUGAACUCUGACCCCAGACUGUCCAUCAAUGUGGAUGUCACCUGGUAAAAGGGCUCGUGGAAAAACUAAAGUAACUGUUUUGAUGACACUCUUUGAAGAACACCUUAUAAAUCAGAGGAACACCUUCAGACCAGAUUUGAUACACGCUUACUCUGAGACACAACGUAUUUUAAUACUUCACUGACUACUGAUUUUUACUAAUCAAGAAAAACACACAUGGGUACAGUUAAAGGUUAUACACAUGGACUAAAUGUCAGUGACAGCCUCUGAUGUUGAAAGAUAAAGCACUGCCGUUCCUCAAGUGCCCAUCCAAGUGGCUGCUUUCCUAAGCUGCUUUAAUUCUCAUUUAGUUUUCUGCAACAAUUUGCUUUUUAUGCAUUAUUUUUACAUAAUUAAGGGUGAAAAGUUAAGGGUAUCUCAGGAUGCCUUACACAGGGAAGUGGACAAUUACUAUACUUGAUUAAUAGAAGAUUUUAAUUGGACCAUCCAGCAUCCUGUGGACCUGACUCAGCUCUGAUGUCACUGAGACUAACCCUAAAUAAAUAAUACUUGUGAAAUCUUAAACAUUCAUUUUUCAAUCAGAUCUUUUUCCCACAGUGGGAUACACACAGAGAUACACAGACAUGUUCCUGAAGGAAAUCUGGAUUUCCACAGAGUACACCCCUACGUCAGUGUUACAAAUGAAAGAGUACAAUUUAAUAAGAGCAGAAGGGCUGUCUGUACAGCCUCUGUGUUUGACCACCAACAUUUUUCCAGGAAUCUUAUUUUCACAUUGCGGGAUUCAAUCCAACCUCAUCAUUUUUGAUGGAUAUGUUAUAUUUUUUGAGCAGGUGGGGGUGGGGGCUUUAGAGGCUUUAGGCAAAUUCUGUGAUCUCUUUGUGAGGCUGCCCUUUUCAAGUUGAGCAAUCAAAGACCACCAAUGUGUUACACCUCUAAUGUGGUCCAAAGAAAAGGAAGAUCUGCAGACACACACUUGAAAUCUUGAUCUGAUCCCAUAGAGUCCAUUCUUGCAGAUGGAGGUGGGGUGCAGCACAAGUCUAUGAUCAACUCCUGCACUUGCCACACACUGCGCCAGCACAGACUACAUUUAUCAUUCUGUUUUACUACUGCGGACACUUUCUUUUUUUCCUCCAUUUCCCUCACUCAUAUUCCUCUUUGGCAGGCAGGAUUAAGUUUAAUUGUGUCGUUUAUGACAGAUACAGAGUGAGGUUUGGCACUAAUUCAAGGCAGACCAUGCACAGUCAUUUUAUGGUUUCUUUCCACCUCAGUGGCUGAUGUGUGGUGGUGACACAUUUGAUAAAAACCAUCCAACAUGAAGGGUUUGGGUGGGGGUUGUGUGUGUGUGAAUGGAAAGAGAGACACAGCUGAAAACGAGCACAGACAAAACUUUGACUCGCACCAAUUUGCAAUUUUCAACCAGCAUUUUUCUAUCAACCAGCUUAACAAGAGCCUUUUCUUUCUCUGCGCUAUAGUCUACUCCGGAGUUGUGGCAUCUAUAGGCCACCUACCCACAAUAAUCUCACAAUUAGCCAAAUGGGAUUGGAGGAACCUGCCAAGAACGUGGCUUAUGUUGUUUUGGGGUCAGACAAAUUGAGGUGUCAAUUGGGAACAGAAAAGUCUGGUUUGCUGUAAACUGCCUUAACAAGAAGAAGGAUGUUGGCUUUGGUGUACUGAGUCUAAAAGUUUAAUCUGGCCCCAUAGUGUAGCCGUAGGGAGUUUAACAAUGACAUCAACUGAUAAAAGACUUUUUUAAAAGCUGAUGUUCAUUCACCAGACAGAUGUAGCGUUAAGGCAAGAGUCGCAGUUGUGUGUGUGUGCGCGCGCACACUUGCACGCUUGUGAUUUUGCAUGGUGAGCGGACCACCAGGCAUCCAGACAUGAGCUCCGCCUUUGAGCUUAAUACAACUGAUUACACUCUGAUCAGUGCUGGUAAUAGUUAAGGCUUCAAAGGCUCAACUUUUGAGGCUGCCAGCACUUAUUUCCGACCCUGAGAUCUCAGCCCCGGCAUUCAGAAAACAUUUAGUCCUCGUCUGUGUCAGUCUCAUGGUAUUUAUGAGAAAUAUUCCAUUCAUUCUUCUCUUUAAGUUCUUUAAUUUUUUUCUGCAAGUCUUCAAGCAGUCGGCAAUGAGAGAGAAAAAUUGUACUAUUAUAACACUUAAAACAGGAAAGGAUAUCAUCUUCCCUAUAAUUUAGCUCUCACAGUUCAUUCACCUAUGAAAAAAAACAUUUAAAAUACUCAUUGAGUGUUUCUGUUGCCAAACAAACAAGAAAAAGAUCUACAUCUGCAGCUGAUGAAACUUUAAAAACAAAUCAUAAACUUUUAAGGUUAAAAGAGUCGAAAUCUGAAACCUGAAACAUUCAGACUUAAAGCUGGACAUUAUCAUGCUUACUGCGUCUUCCAGUUGUGUCAAAUCCGAUUGGUUAAAUGAAUCAAUGAAAUGAAGGAAUUCUCAAAAGCAGAGGUAACCCCAGAGACAACCUAAUCACACUAGCAUAUCAGAACAAUCUUCAAAAAAGAGUUCCUGCACAUUUCACCUUUGCCUGUUGACACUGUGGCAAAAAACAUUAGUCGCCAUUAGCAUAAAGGUCCUUACACACUGGGAACAACGCAAAUUUACGACACGAAAUUAUGAAAUAUGCGGAGGUGAAUUUUGACACGCCUGACUACACACAUCAAGCACGAUGCGAUUUUGCGACUUUCCAGGGGGGAAAAAAAGACGAGUCCCGGGUGGAAGCGAGAAGACUGACACAACAGCAGACUGAGUGUUUUUCAGUUCUGAUUAGACACUAAUGUUGAGAUGGCCGUCUGUCAUGAUAGCAUGUACUGAGUUGGGGCCAGUAGCAAAAAAAGCACAUAAAACUAUAAUCCAUAAACAUAAGGAAACAACAGAGACCUAAUGGUGCUGUGACAGCAACGCUGUGAUUGAGUUUGAGACAGUGAAAAUACAUAUGGUAUGUUGUAUCUGAACAGGUUAGCUUACGAGCUAAAGUUACUUAGCACGGAUGAAAGUUAAAACGAAGAUGUUUAGCAAACUGUUAAAGCACACAAACCAUCAUCAUAUGAGAAAUCCGAAGCUAUGACUCUCCACAAGUUGUCCUUCAGGUCGUUAUCUUUGUAAUAUUUGUGUUUUUUUUAUCAAAAGGCACUCUGUUUUCCGACACGUAAACAAUCAGCCGGUCGGCCAUGUUGGAUAUACCUGUGAAUCUGACGUCACAACAACACGAAAUCUGAUUGGUCAGAAGUGGACACACAGUAUGGGAAACUUAAGAAAAUUCAACUGUGAUACGAAAAAAAAAAUACCGCAAUAUCGCAGGACGUGAAAACGUCACUGAUGUGAACGCUUGUAUUGACAGGAUACAGGUUCGAAAAAAAUAUUGACAUCCGAAAUAGUCGCAUGAAAAAACGCUCCCGAUGUGAAAGGACUAGACUGGUCAAUAUUCGCUUGACAACAUAGCGGAUAUUUUAAUGCUGCCUGUCCUGUAAUUCAGGUGAUAAAAGCAGAAUAAAGUAAAGACUUGAACCAUGAGGGGUAGUGAUUAUCAGCAAGAAUGUUCAAGUUGAAAGAAGGUGAUCAACCUCAACUGGCAUACUGAUAACAGAGGGAAAGUGGAAGUUUGGUCCUGUCCAAGGUUCAGAUUUAUAAGCUAGAGUAUGUGUAAUUUUUGUUCUGAUAAAAAAAAAAAGAGAGAGAGAUUGCAGUUUUAUGUAGUUUAAACUGUUGAAGAAACAACAUUAGCCAUGUUGAAAAAUUCAAUUCAGCAUGUCCACUUGAAUGUUAUGUUUACCAAAAGACAGUUUUUGCAUUCCUCUACUUCCAUUCUUCCCCCCCUCUUUGUCUUUUGUUUUUAUCCUUGCCUGUCUUCAUUCACACGCAGGUGAGCUGUCACUCCCCUCACUCUCCGCACCCUACAAUUACACCUUAACCCCCCCUCCCCAAAACACACACACACACACACACUCCUCAAACUUUGCACACCUCCAAAUGGUCUUAAGGACACGCACAAGCAUCAAGACACAGGUGUCUCUUUUGACGCCGUUGAGGUUUCACACCAGAAGAGGCGGCUAAUAUGAAAUUGAAGGAAUAUUAUAGAAAUCUUUGGAAAGGAAAAUGAUUGAACUAAGCCUGAGGGUUUUUGUGGUGAUGAUGCAUUUCAUUGCCACCUCCAUUGCUCAUCACCAAGACAGGUAAGACCAACUCCACAGACUCUCUCUUUUAUUUUCAAAGAGAAAUGCUCCAUUUACUUUAUAUCCUUCAAAAAGGUUUGUGAAAAAAGUUACUCAUGCAGACUGUUGGUGGGCUCUUCCACUCAAGUGUGAGCAUGUAAAGCGGACCUACUUGGCCUGUGUCUAAUCAUUUUUAAUAGCCUCAUUUUGCAGUGUGGGUGUGAGGAGAUUUAACAGCAGGUACAAAUGAAGCUUUGUCAUUGGUUCUGUAGGCUGUAUAGUUUAUUAGACCUUUGUUUAUGGCAGCAGAUUUUAAUGAGGGAAAAAAUUUGAAUUCAAGGGUUUUCCACUAAAUACGAGGUAAUGAGGAAGGUGUUUCAUAAGUACUUAAAGUGUACAGCUGCAAUGAAGAGUACUUCAUAUCUUUAUAAGGACUUUUUUUGUGUAAAUAUGGCUUAUAAUGAAUGUUAGAAUAUUCUUUUAUUAAACAUCAGACUUGUUGAGAUUUGAGUUUUUGUAGUUUAGCUGGAGUGGAGAGUGGUCAUGUAAAAUGUAUAAUUGGAAUUUGGAAAACCUAAAUGGAAGAGAUGUGAAUAUAUCUGAGUAAGCAGUUAAGACUGAGGCACAAUCAUCCUAAAUAAACACCCAUGAUAUUUUAUUUUUACUACUGCAACUAUUUCAAAAUACAAUUUCAAGUCCAGAUGUGCAAAAAGAAUUUAAGGCGAUGAACUGACAUGAUGAUUGAUAUUAGACGUUUGAAAUCUGAGUUAACUGAUCACUAUGAUUGGAGUGUCUAGUUUUUCUUGUUUGUAAAUGGGCUAUAAAUGUGAGGUGUCUUCAGUUGUACCAUGCUUGUAGAAAAAAAGGAUACAUGAGGGCUUUAGUCUUGUUUUUUUAAAUACUGACAUAUUUCCCUGUAAAGCCUUAUAUAAAGUUCAAAAAUGCCUCCUCUGUUCUUUGUCUCAGACUCGUGUCUCUUUUUUUUAACCUCUGUCUAUGUCCUGCCAAUGCUGAGAUUGAAGCCCCGAAGGCUUAACAAUGCUAAAUGGUCUGUUAAUCUUUUGCCCUGAGCGCAGGUCAGUGGAGGAUGCGCUCAAACACACCAGGGGUCGCGCACUGCCAGGACUCUGCAGCUAUGGUCAGACAACUUCCUGUUGUUUGGGAUGGAGGAAUGUUAAUGGCAUUUGUCAUCGUAAGUCAUUCUGAGAUUCAGUGACGGCACAUUUACAGAGAUACAUUACUCAAAGUUCAAAAGGUUAUCAGUUUGGUCUCACAGGGAAAUAAAAAAGGUUGUCUGUCUUAUUCUGCUAUCAGCAUUUCCUUCAUACACUGGAUUUUUUCUCCUCUACUGGCCAUUAGACAUCAAAGACUGAAGCUUCAGUUGUGUAUUUUCCAUUUCAAGUUGUAAAACAGUACUCAAUUCUGUUUUUACAUAGACCUAAUUCCUGUUUCUUGUAGCUACCUUGUUGUGUUUUUGCAUUGCAAGUGCACCAAAUGAGUGGACAAAAUUUAAACUGUGAAAGAAUUACUGCUUAACCCUGUGGUACACCUCGUCUCUGCAGGGUUUUGAAGUGUCAUCGUUUUGGCCUUUUACAGUUUUACCUCUUUACAGUUUUUGUUACUUCCACACUGUGUCCACCACUCGUUUUUCAACUGUAAGCAAUAAGCUUGGAAUCAAAUCUAAUGUUGUAGUUGUUUUGUAUAAAAUGAUGAAGAAGAAGAGCUGUAUCGAUCCCUGAAGUGAAAUUUAAUGGACCCUAAUUCAUAAUAAUGGAAAAUGUUGUAUGCUAUAACAUGUUGUUUCAUUCACCAUAGCUGUGUGCAAGAAAUCCUGCGCCAAUGGAAAAUGUGUGGGACCAGAUAAGUGUUUAUGCUCCAGAGGUUACAAAGGACCACAGUGUGACGAAGGUGCAAUUCACAAAUUCAUUAUCUGUCUUAUGGUUCUAAUUUCUAACCAUCGCCUGUGUUCCCCCUGCAUCAUUUACCGUAAUGAUUUCUAUCUGCUGCUUAAAUUAUGUUUCAUAUUGACUCCAGAUGUGAAUGAGUGCGGUUUCUUGAAGAGACCUUGUACCCAGCGUUGCAUGAACACACACGGUAGCUAUCGCUGUUACUGUGAACCUGGAUAUACACUCAACGUAGAUGGACGCACCUGCACCAGUGAGUUACUGCUUGUUUGAACAAAAGAUCGAAAGUUACUGCUCACUUUUUAAAAAGCGUUAGAAGAAAACCUUGGGCCGACUGAUUAUGUUAGAUCAUUUCUACUCAAAAGGGCCGCCCGCAAACUUUGCAUGAUCUCAGAGGGUUCAAGUUUCUGAUAAUUUGGUCCUCGGGUUCUACACUCCGGUGUCAGGAAUUUAAAGUUAAUAUUACAGAGAGUGGUAUGAUUGAAAAUAGUUGCUGUGAAUGGUAAUCCAAAGGGCUAGCUAGACAGAUCUGGCUUAUUUAGAUUAGUUUGUAAGGGUUGUGACUUGAAUUAUCUGUGAUCAGGUUGAAGUUAAGGUUUUCUGUGAAGGUCAGGCUGAGGAUCAGGGGCUGUGAAGCACUUUUUUAAAAUGAGGUACCCCACAAGCAUAAGGGAACAAGUAUGCAUGUGUGUUCUCUCUCAGGGUUGCUCCAGUGGCCCAUUUCUCUGACCGAUUCUCAGCCAGUGUUUCCCUGUCUGUCUUCCAGGAGAGGCCGCAUGUUUCUCCCUGCGCUGCCAGUUUGGUUGCCAGAUGGAGAGAGGGGGAGAGGUGCGCUGUCUCUGUCCCCCCGGCCUCCACCUGGCUGCUGACAACAAGACCUGUGAAGGUAAAUCUGCCUCAGAGACAUCUCACAGCUCAUCACAUCAGUGAAUUAUCACAGAAAAGAAAUAUUAGAUACUUCUCCUACUUGUAUUGAGCCAGACUAAAAAAUCAGGUGGACGGUAACCUUCAUUUUAGACGCAUUUACGGUUUAAAGAAGAAGUUAGCAACCAUCUAACUUGCAUUUAGUGCUUUAAGUUUGGCUUUUUGGCACCUAUCUUGAAUUUUUUGGUGCCAGAAGUGACAAAAUGUAUAUAAUGCCAUCAUGACAGGUAGAUAACAGGCAGUAAAAUGGCAAAUACGAGCUAACCUAGCUAUUAAAUCAACUCAGAACCACACAGCCAAGCAUUCCCCUGUCAUCAUAUUUCAUUUAUUUAAGAGCCUGAACUCCUGGCAAACACAUACUGACAUUCACUUAUCAACAUGCACUUUUCUUACUGCUCGUGUCUGUUGCGAGAUUUCUUUCCGGCAUUAUUCAGCUCACAGCUUCGCAUGGACACUACCAGCAGUGCACUCAACUGAAGCACCUCUUUUCAGAGUCUUUCCACCUGAUAGGUCAAAGCCUUUAAUUACCUGACAUUGAAAAAAAAAACACACACACCCUAAACCUUGUCCCCAGUGUCCAACCGCUUUGUGACUGAAGUCCCCCUCCAAUCCUCGGCCUCAGACACUUCCUGCCCUGUAAUGAAGUAAACCCUGAACAGCCUCUCUCACAGCUGUUGAGACAUUUUCACACAGGAGUGAAGCUUUCAAUGGGAAAGCCUCACAAAACUAUGAUUACAAUUGGAUGGGAACAGCUAUGCCCUUAUUUUACUGUUGUUGUUUUUUUCAGCUUAGAAGUAAAUUUGGGUCGUUUUUGUCAUAUUUAUUAUCUGUUAUUUGCUGCAAGUCUAGACAGGACUCACACUGACAGAGGGGACUCAAAAGGAUCUUAAAAGAGACACAAGAAUAUACAAAAGUAUUCAUUUGGCUUAGAAAACCACAAAUGGUCUUACAAUUGUGGUCACUUACCUGUCGCAUAUUGCAUGAUAACUUUAAAAAAAAAAACAUAACAUUUGAGUAUUAUUCUUAAAAAAUGUGGCAGAUAAAGAUGUCAUUCUACACACCUGUAGUCAGAGAUUUGUGUGUUUAGGUCAAGCCUUGUUUUCAAACAGCAGAGCACCUUUCAAAGCCUCUGUACAGGAGUGGUUACAGGGUCAAGGUACUCAUUUGCACAACUUUUUUGAGGGUAAUUAUUGUUUUGAGCAAAGACAAGAAACAUCUAAGCACCUUGUCACUAAGAGUCAAGGGUCUGCGUGUGGAGAAUGCAGCCGAAAAGGCCAGAUUUUUUUUUUUUUUUAACUGUUGUGUGAAGACAUAAGCCAAAUGUGUUGCUGGUGUUUGUGACAUGUAAGUGUUGUGUUUGCAGAUGUAAAUGAGUGCCUGGAGGAUGCUGAAGUGUGUCCACCGCGCCAGACCUGCAAGAACACUUUUGGCAGCUUUUUGUGUGUAUGUCAGGACGGCUUUGUGUUCGGGACAAUCCAGGGGCUGUUGCAGUGUCGAGGUACGGUCUCCUUUUCUUAAGCGCACAGUGACAUGAUUGUCAUAAAAUGUCAUUGAUUGGUGGCAUUUAGGCAUCAUGCUUGUAUGUGGAGGUAUAUUGGAGUUUUUCAUUGUCUCUUUUUAGGGCUGUCGUCAUCAACACAUUUGUUUUAAAGUUAAUAAGGUCUAAUUGUUAGUUACUCUGUCCCUUCCCAAACCAAGUACUUAAAGGGAUAUUCCAGCGUAAAAUUAAGUUAGGGUCCAAAACACUGUAACACCAAGUUAGACACCCGGCGAGAGAUGAAUGUUGCCGACCGCUUGCUUCUCUAGUUAUACCAACUUUAGUAACGACCGCACGAUAGCAAUACACAGCAGUCUCAGGAGCCACGCGCUCAACCAAAACGCCACUCUAUAGUCACAAAUAAUGCUCAGAACAGCACCUAACUUCAUCAACAGUACAUAUAGGGUCCCAGCCACAGCACUAGCCACCAAACAUCUUUUCAGCUUUGCCUGAUUUCUUUAGCAAAGAGACUAAACACAACUCAACUACUCUCUUCCGGCAGCCACUUGUUUAUAGCGAGACCUCGGGCCAGUCCAUUACGGACUACAGCGGGGUGAUGCAGCUCAAGGAAGAACAUUUAUGAUCAUUACUUUAUCAUUUCCUUGAAGUAAUGAUAAUCAUAUUAAUCAUUUUGCACUGCAGACUUGGUAGUUCUUCUGCCUUAGCAUCUCAGUCUGAUUGCAUUUCCAUGAAGUAAUGAUAAAUAUUCUUUGCUAUGGCUGGGACCCUAUAUGUACUGUUGAUGAAGUUAGGUGCUGUUCUGAGCAUUAUUUGUGGCUAUAAAGUGGCCUUUUGGUUUAGGUGUGCGUGUGGCUCCAUAGACCGCUGUAUAUUGCUAUCAUGUGGUCGUCACUAAAGUUGGUAUAACUAGAGAAGCAAGCGGUCGGCAACAUUCAUCUCUCGAUGGGGUGUCUAACUUGGUGUUACGGUGUGUUUGACCCUAUAUUAAUUUUACGCUGGAAUAUCCCUUUAAGCCACACAGCAUCCUCUUGCUCCUUGCUGCUUCUGUAAUGACAAAAUCACAGCACUGCACUUUAUAUUUUGCAUUGGAAAUUUCCCAAGAAGCUCAGUUGUCAAGUCAAAAGUAAAGUGUACAUCAUAUCAGAAGGAAUCAGAGUAUCAACAAAGUACCGAGAGUUUGAGCUAUGACCAAUAAACUAAGCAUACAGGUGCAGCUUAUCAGACUGCAACCAUAUCACAAAAGCCAGCAGAGCAUUAUUUGGAGUACGAUAAUUGCCACAGACUUCUAGAUAAAGCUGUCUUGCAACUUUAAGUCAUUAUUUUAGACCAUAAUAGCGCAGCAGUGCGGCAUUCAUUUGAAUAAUUAAUCUCAAGGUGAUGCUGAUGUUACAGCCCAAAGGAGACACAAUGUCAAAAGUUUAUGAAAAUCAUAACCAGAUACAAAUACAAACACGCUAAAAAUAAAACAUAUAUCAGAGGAAUAAGGUCAAAGCUUCAAGCACAACUGGGCAGAAACUACACAAUGAUGCAAAUUCAAAAACACUUAAAAACAGGCAGAAAAAUGCAAUGCACAUUUGUUUGAGCCUGUAGGUGGCACUAAGUGUAGUUUUAUAUUUGUAGUAAACAAUGUUUUUUUUUUAUUUUGCAGCAAGUUGUAUUUGCGAGGGAUUAUUACAUAGUUUUGAAUUUUGGAUUUAUUUCUGAAUUUGGAAACCUUUUCUGCCAAUGAAAUUAUUUUGAGCUGUUUGUCCCUGCAGCCUGCCAUAUUUUUGACAUAAAUCUGCAGUAAAUAGAAACACUGGAACAGAGUAAAGGAGAUAUUGAGCAACAGAGGUCCCCCAUCAGAAUCAAGCCAAAGAUGUUAGAACGCUGUCUUGUGCGUCUUAGACCAUCAGGCCACAGGGACGCACAUGUAUGACAUUCUUGAAACAGCUCCACAUGUUCUCCUCAUCUGUGCUAAUUGGCAAAGAGAGGGAUCAUGUGAAGAUGUGCUUUGGCAGCAGAGGAUCCAGAGACCAUGUUUAUUUGAUGAGCACUCCUAGCUCACCCACUCAGCUGUGGGCUCACCCACGAGCUGUUUUUGUUUUCAUCCAUGUGAUGAGCAUUGCAAAUAUCUCUCUCGAGCAGGUUUCAAACACAGAGUCCUCAAAACCCUUUACUCUCCCUCCGUAGUGAGCUGUGAAGCAGCCUUGCUGAGAAGUGAUUCAAUAUGUGUCGUCAUUUAUAAACAUUUCAAAUCUCCUUCUCCUCAGAUAAGGAUGAAUGUUUAACCGGGUCUCACCGGUGCAGCCGUCACGCUCAGUGUGUCAACACAGAUGGUUCCUACACCUGUCAGUGUUUGGAGGACUAUUUCGGCAACGGACACACCUGCUGGCCCAAGAGAGCCCCACAGUCCAAAGCUGUCAUGUACUACAACUACAAACUUUCCAAAAGAUCCAAAACCAUACGACCUCCAUCUUGA